AUGUCUGCUGUGGUAGAAGUGUGGGUGGGGGAGCUGACAAAGCUUAGAGAAAAAGUACUUGCCCGCAAGCCUUUCUUAUCCAAAGCCAAAGAAGCAUCAGAAAGGGAUCAGGAAGAGAAGGAAGCUCAAAAGAAAAACACUGCAGUUAAGAGAGACAGUAGUGGAACCAUGUCAGAGGCAACCAUGUGUAUGCUUAUGGAUCGGUUUGUGCCUUGGUGA